CUUGAGGCCUGACCCGCGCCAAGAUGAUGUAUGCCUGGAUUGCCCUGUAUUUAUAUCAGCGGUAUGGACGAAUGGCCAGUGGAAAUAAAUAAGUGCCUAGGUAGGUGAUCGUCAUAAUAGCUCUAAGACCAAUACGUAUCUUCGGCUUAUCUGAUUCCGUACACGGUGAUUUGAGCUCCGAAUACCCCUUUAGUGAACCAGGUUAACGAAUAAAAACCACCAAGAAUCAAAGUGACAAAUAUUUUUAGAAUGAAUAGGUUGAGAUCCCACCGCUCGAGUUCGGAAACGUAGAUUUAGCAUCGCGUUACGAAUAUGUCGCCUUGGCCCGGAUCAUACUGUUGCAUCUUAUAUGGGUAGAGAGGUGGGUUGUGGUUCCUGGUUAAGCAUCCCAGCUAUACAUAAAGGCCUACACCUUCCCAACUUCUCUCAUUCUUUUGGCCUCUUUAAGCGAAGCAAGCAGACCUAUAGGAGUUCACUCGAUCCUCCUUCACCAUGCCUGUAACAACAGCCUCUCUCUUGACGCUCCUCGGCGCCUUCGUCACCACGACCCUAGGACACGGCUACGUGACCGAGUACGUGGCUGACGGGGCGAAGGAGCCCGGGUUCCUGCUGCAGUACUACUACGACAAGAAGAACGGGAUGAGCGUGCCGCCGCUCGCGGCGUGGUACGCGGAGAACCUUGACAGCGGCUUCGUCGCGCCCGACGCGUACCAGACCGCCGACAUCAACUGCCACAAGAACUCGGCGCCGGGCUCGCUCACGACGACGGUGAAAGCCGGGGCCAAGGUCACCUUCCAAUGGGGCACAGCGGCGGGUGGCGCAUGGCCGCACCCGUACGGUCCUAUCAUCGAUUACAUCGCGGCAUGCGACGGCGACUGCAGCAAGGCGGACAAGACGAAGCUGAAGUGGGUUAAGAUCCAGGCCACCGGCAUCGACGCCGCGACGAAGCAGUGGGCCAGCGCGAAGCUCAUCGCGGACAACAAUUCCUGGACGACGACGAUCCCGGCGAGCAUCGCCCCGGGGAACUACGUCCUGCGUCACGAGAUCAUCGCGCUGCACGGUGGCGGGAGUCUGAACGGCGCGCAGAAUUAUCCUCAGUGCUUUAACAUCGCGAUCACGGGAUCGGGAACCGCGAAACCGGCGGGUACGCUGGGCACGGCGUUGUAUAAGAAUACGGACCCCGGUAUUCACUAUAGCCCGUAUGGCACCAAUACGGAUUACCCCAUGCCGGGUCCGGCGCUGUUUACUGGAUAGGUGGUUAGGCUGUUGGGGGUGGUUUCAGGGUUGUUGUGUUAGUAUUGGUAAACGUAUAUAUGAGUUCCUCAAGAUAUUGAAGUACUAUUAGGGUGUUCUAAUGGCGGUUUACACCAUUGUCUCGUCCUAUGUGAAUAGAGUAGGAUGUCACGAAAUGAUGAAAAAGUAGAUCCUCUUGAAGAUGAGUGAAUGAUACUUUCGUACUUAAAAAGUACAUAUACUUAAGGCAUUUCUUAUAGAGAUCUAUAAAAAUAGACCUUUAUAGAUGGAUUGAGCGGCUUCA